AUGGAUCCGGGGGCUGGGAUUGUUUUCACUUUAAUCAUCUUAGAAGUAUGUAUUGGGAUAUUUGCUAGUCUCCACAUUGUAUUUACAAUCCUAAAAGAUGUCUUUAAAGGACAAAGUAUGAGAACCGGAGAUAAGAUAAUAUUCUCUCUGAGCUGCUCCAAUAUCUGUGUAUCAGCAAUGGUGUUUACUUUGACUUCCGCAUCAUAUUUUUCCCUCAAACUGGACAUCUACAUCAUGGUCACCAUCAACGCCUUGGUGUUUUAUGGAAUGACUUCUUGCUCCUGGUUGACCACGUGCUUGUGCUUCUUUUAUUUCAUUAAAAUCACCCAGUUAAAGUCUUCCAUCCUGUCCCUGUUGAGGAAGAAGAUCGAAGUCCUAAUCCCAUGGAUGAUUCUGGUCAUUGAAGCCGUGUGUCUCGGUGGCAGCUUCCUCAGCGAAAUGACGAAUGUCCCUCCCCAAGAAUCAGCCAACGUCUCAUCCGCCUAUUCAUUCAACAUAUUAGAAGAUAUUUCUCACCCGGGAAGGACUAUUUCAUAUAUCGGUGCGUUUGUGUCAUUGCUGAUUUCAGUGGUCAUCACAGCUCAAACGGCCAUGUCCCUCAUCCUUCAUAUCUGUAGGAAAGGAAGGAACGUCACCCCCUCCGGCAGCACCGCCGACAUGAAAGUACAAAGAGUGGUGGAGACAAUGGUCCAGCUUUUGGCAUUUUAUUUUUUGCUGUAUUUCUUAGUGAUUGCUGCUUAUUGCUUAAAGGAUUCCAUAUCACACUAUGAAGAUUUCUUUCAAGUUGUGAAGUUCGCCUUCACCCCGGUCCAGUCUGUUCUUCUGAUUAUUGGCAACCCGAGAUAUAAGGAGGACAUCCGACAUACUAUGUGUAUGUGCAGAAGGGUUCGUACAUUGCAGAAUUAA